AUGACGUUAGAAGGAAAAUAUCUCGAGCGCGAUGUCCUCACCGGCAAGCGCCGGGAACCAGAAGAUUUUGAAGAUGAAGAUAUGGAGGAGGUAUAUGGCGGUGGCGGAAAGCGCAUCAAGUCUACUUCUGAUCUGCUGAACGUCUCCGAGAGCAAUGACUCCAGCGGCCAAGCCUCCUCAGGGAGUGGAGAGCCAGAUGGUGCUGGAAGCAAUCUUAUUGGCGAGAUUGGCCGUGACCUGUCCAUCAACUGCCUCAUCCGGCUAUCAAGGUCAGACUAUGGCUCGAUGGCCUCCGUGAACUGGGAUUUCAAUUCACUUGUGCGCAACGGUGAGAUCUACCGCCAAAGGCGGCAAAAUGGUAUGGUGGAGUAUUGGGUCUACUUCUCUUGCAAUGCCCUGGAGUGGGACGCUUACGACCCAUAUCGCAAGCGUUGGAUUCAAGUGCCUAAGAUGCCACCAGAUGUAUGCUUCAUGUUCUCCGAUAAGGAGUCACUUGCCGUGGGCACUGAACUGCUCGUUUUUGGGUUGGUUCACAUUGUCUUCAGAUAUAGCAUCCUAACCAACUCAUGGACACAGGUUGAUCCGAUGAACUCACCGCGGUGCUUGUUUGGUUCAACAAGUGUCAGUGAAAAGGCAUAUGUGGCAGGGGGCAUUGAUUCUUCUGGACAGAUAUUGAGCUCUGCAGAGAUGUAUGACUCUGAGACACAUACUUGGACGCACCUUCCCAGCAUGAGUACAGCUAGGAAGAUGUGUUCCAGGGUGUUCAUGGAUGGCAAGUUCUAUGUGCUCGGUGGUGUUACGAACAACGACCAGGUGUUGACAUGUGGUGAGGAAUAUGACUUCAGGCUGCAAUCUUGGAGAGUCAUUGAGAACAUGUCUGAGGGCCUAUAAGGACUGACAGGUUCCCCUCCGCUCAUUGCAGUUGUCAAGAACCAACUUUAUGCAGCUGAUUACAGUGAGAAUGAUGUGAAGAGAUAUGGCAACGUCAACAAUAAGUGGAUCACUCUCGGGAAAUUGCAUGAACGGUCUAUGUCAAUGAAUGGGUGGGGCCUUGCUUUUCGAGCUUGUGGUGACCGGCUGAUUGUUAUUGGAGGUCCAAGUACUUUUGUUGGUGGCUAAAUUGAGAUUCACUCAUGGAUCCCUAAUGAGCAACCGCCUGUUUGGAAUUUUGUUGCCACGCAAACAUCCGGGAAUUUCGUUUAUAAUUGCGCCGUGAUGGGUUGCUGA